CAUGAGCAUCGACUGUCCAGUCUUCUGCUCCGUAGAACAGCAAACGCGACAGGAGUGAAAAGUAAGUAAGCGAGAGAAAUAACUUCAGUUUUGUUCUGCGUUUGUGGGUCCGACGAGUUUAUAAAAGGAGGAAAACACCGUCGCAUCCUGAAUUUCUGGGCAGACUUUACGGGACAGAGCAGCAGCUGUCUAUCAACAGUCCUCUGUGAACGGCUGGGAAAACAUAGACAGGCGAGGAAAGAAUGAAGAUCUGUUUGCCGGUGUGACUUCUAUGAUACCUGCACCCUAUGCUUUCUACGGCCUCAAGACGCUGAAGACGGGGCGUCAUUGACAGAGCGAGUGACCCCUCCCAGCCGCCACCAUGGCUCUGGUUCAGGCUUUGCCCAUAUCUGCUGAGCCCCACAACUCAGGCCUCAGUGGAGGGACCCGUAGAAGACACCAAUCUGGCCCUUCACCCCCCAUCAACGCACCACCACCCUCCACUCUGGAUCCCAUGGGCUCUGUUAGCAGCCUUAUAGCCACCCGCCCUGGUCCCUACCAGGACCAUCGCUUCGGUGUUGAAUUUGGAACAAGGGUUCGACGACCCACACCCGGAGCUUCCCGCCUUGAUGGCGAGUCUCCACAGGAUCGUUUACUGCAGAACAUCUCACCGCUCAAGAAACAAAGCUCCACAGCAUUCAUCAGGGGCCUGGAAAAGGAGAGCCGGGGUGGGAACUACACUUAUCAAAAUGAGGACUAUAUGGGUGACUGGAAUGAGAACCAUGCAGUAACCACCAGCCCAAGUAGUGACACAGAUGAGAUUAAAGAAGGAUCAGGUUUCAAAGGGAAUGUGGGGGGGCCUCCUCCAAAACUGAUCCCAGAGUCAGGAAAACUUGAGAGAAACAUGGAGAAAACAGUGCUGCGGCCCACUGCCUUCAAACCAGUCAUUCCGAAAAGCCGCACCUCCAUGCAAUACCUCUCUCCUCGCCAUUGUGCCAAUGUUCCAGAAAGCCAAAACACCCUGAACCUGCUCAGCCCCACCCACAGGGAGGUGUCGCCCUCCUGCUCCGAGAAACGCAGUUCGUACAGCGGGGCCCGCCACAGUGGCGGCGGGGGGAGCAGUCAGUCCUGCUCGCUGUCGGACUCUGGACGCAACUCCCUCUCCAGCCUGCCGCCUUAUGGCAGCACUGGCUACAGUCUGGCAUCAGGAGAGGCCUCUGUAGGCCACAUGGAGCCCAUGAAGAGCGCUCCAUCAGUCGGUGCCCACGGACACUCAAAUUCAGACAGUGGGCGCUCAUCCUCCAGUAAGAGUACAGGCUCUGGGUCGAUAAGUGGCCGAGGGCAACCUUUAUCUGACAGCGGAUCCAGUGGGCGCUCCCCUGGUCCUCUUGAUGGUUAUGAAGGGGUGGUCAGGGACCUGGAGGACAAACUGAGGGAGAGAGAGCUGGAGCUGCAGCAACUUAGAGACAACCUGGAUGAGAAUGAAGCCGCUAUUUGUCAGGUGUAUGAGGAGAAGCAGAAACGCUUUGAACUUGAGCUGGAGGAGCUGAGGCAGGGUUGUGCCACCAGGAUGCAGACAGCCUCACAGAAGGCCCAGCGCGCCCAGCAGGUGCUUCAGAUGCAGGUAUUUCAGCUGCAGCAGGAGAAGAAGAAGCUGCAGGAGGAUUUUGCUCAGCUUCUAAAGGAAAGGGAACAACUCGAGGAGCGCUGCACCUCCUAUGAGCAUGAGAAGAUCCAGCUGGGGCCUCGGCUUGAAGAGACUAAGUGGGAGGUGUGUCAGAAGUCGGGGGAAAUCUCUUUGCUGAAGCAGCAACUGAAGGACGUGCAGGGAGAGUUGGCUCAACGUGUCGGAGAGAUCGUUUCACUGCGGGGUCAACUCAGAGAGGCUCGCGGUGAGCUAACAAACACCCAGGUCCUGCUCCAGGAGGCUCAUGGCACUACCCGCACACGAACCCUGGAGCUGGAGGUGUGUGAGAAUGAGCUCCAGCGCCGCAAGAGUGAAGCAGAACUCCUAAGAGAGAAGGUUGGGCGUCUCGAAGCAGAGUUGGCUCAACUGAAAGAUCAGAGCCAAGGAAACAGACAGUGUCAGGUGUUCCAGGAAGCAGAGGAGCACAUGCUCGCCUAUGAAAGUGACGAGGCAAAGGCUCAGCGGCAGAGCAGCACCGAGGCCUUGCAGAACAUGAAGGCGCAGAUGGACAGGAUGAGGAGUGAGCUGACUUUUGAGCGUCAGCGGGCUGAGCAGCAAAUGGGAAGCUUCGAGGAGGAGCGCAGGAUAUGGCAGGAGGAGAAGGACAAGGUAAUCCGCUACCAGAAGCAGCUGCAGCAGAACUAUGUACAGAUGUAUCGCAGGAACCGGGAGCUAGAACAGCACCUGCAGGACCUCAGUCAGGAACUGGAGAGCAGGGAGGAGGACGAGGGCAGUGGCAAUGAGAUAAACUUUGAUGAGGUGGCUGCCACAGAAAUUUGACCCCUGUGUGUCACCAGCUUUUGAUUUGCACUACUGUCAGCAUAACAUUUUAACCCACAUAUCACAGAUCUGGUCUCUUUUUGAUGCUUUAGAGGGAAAAGGAUCGGCAGCACAAAAAAAAAAAUCAAAGACAAAAACAUCUGCAGUGUAAAAUCAGCCACACUUUAGUUCUGCCUCAUUGGUCUGCUCUCCAUGGAGUCCUGCUUUAAAAGCCAAUGACCUCUAUUAGUCAUUAGUAGGCCACCUCGGUCCUCUUUUCCUCCAUUAAUGUCUGUGUUAGUAUUUGCACUGACUAACUUGACAUCAGUGUUGUAGUCCUCCUUCACAGUCUGAUUCUAGGUGAUGGGCAUGAGUAACGUCAACCUUUCACAGUCCUCCCACGCUGUUAGUCGUGGGCUCACAUUAGUACCAUUACUUCUGAAUGCGCCCACACUGCUCAAAUGACGGCAACACAUCCAGCAUGCUGUAAGAGUGAGUAAGUCGGAUCAAAAGUGUUAAUGACGGUGGAUUCACUGUGAUGUAGUGAGGAUUCUAUUGUUUGUUUCCCCCCAGAACUCCAACAUGGCCAACAUUU